AUGACCAGUAAUCAAUCCACCACUUUAGACGAACCCCAAGGUCUAGAAGCAGUGAAUCUGACCGACGGCGACGACAUCCCCCACGAAAGCAAGAUAGAACUCACACAAUCAGCCGGCUACAAUGAACUGGGCUACAGCUUCCCCAGCUGGCGAAAAUGGCAAAUCCUCUGUGUAAUGUUCUGCAUCCAAAUCUCCAUCAACCUAAACGCAAGUCUCUACGCCAACGGAGUUGCCGCCAUAUCCAAAGAACACAAUGUAAGCGAACAAGUCGCGCGAAUCCCGCAAUUGACCUUCCUCUGCGCCUACGCCUUUGGCUGCGAGCUGUGGGCCCCGUGGAGCGAAGAGCUGGGACGAUGGCCAACGCAGCAGCUGAGCCUGUUCCUCGUCAACAUAUGGCAGUUACCGUGUGCGCUGGCCCCCAACUUCGCAACUUAUAUUGUGGUGCGGUUGCUGGGCGGAUUGAGUACAGCUGGCGGGUCGGUGACGCUGGGCGUUAUCGCCGAUAUGUGGGAGCCGGAUGAUCAGGAGUACGCUGUUGCGUUUCUUGUUUUGUCUUCUGUCGGUGGUUCGGUCGUUGGUGCUGUUGUUGGUGGCUUCGUCGAGGAACGCCAUCCGUUACCCUGGAUCUUCUGGGUUCAACUGCUUGCCGGGGGAUGUGUUCAGAUCAUGCAUUUCUUCCUGGUACCUGAAACGCGGGCUACUAUCUUGCUCGACCGGAUAGCGAAGAAGAGACGCAAGGCUGGGCCUGGCAAGGUGAAUAUCUGGGGUCCACAUGAGAUCCAUGGGUUUUCGCUCUCGCCGCGGGAGAUCUGGAGAGUGUGGAAACGGCCUUUCGUCAUGCUUCUCACUGAGCCUAUUGUUCUGUGGCUGUCGCUGCUGAGUGGCUUUAGUGAUUCUUUGAUCUUUACCUUUCUUCAGGGGUUCCAGCCCGUGUAUAAACAGUGGGGGUUUGGGACUAUUCAGAUUAGUCUUGCUUUUAUACCGCUGAUUAUUGGAUACGGCAUCGCCUACCUCUCCUUCUUACCCUCCAUUCACAUGUUCCGUCAGAGACGACGCAAAAACGGAUCUGAAUCUGUCCCUCCCGAAGCGCGGUUAUGGUGGUUACUAUAUGGCCUAUUCGGCUUCGCCUGGACAACCCUAGGACCACCAAACGUGCAUUGGAUCGCACCCAUGAUCUUCACCAUGGUAAUAGGAAUCGCCAACUACUCAAUCUACCAAUCAUCCAUCGACUACACCAUAGCCGCCUACGGCGAAUACGCAGCCUCCGCAACCGGAGGCAACGACUUCGCGCGCGACUUCCUAGCCGGAAUCGCAGCGAUGUAUUCUACGCCGAUGUUCACGAAUAUCGGAAACAAGUACCCGUAUGCGUAUGCGUCCACGAUUCUAGCUUCUGUCUCUAUUCUUGUUACGGCGCCUAUUUACUUCUUCUAUCGGAAUGGACCGGCCAUUCGGGAGAGGUCGCCGUUUGCGAAGCAGAUGAUGGAGCAGAAUCGGCAGCGGAGGCUUUCGCAGGCUGCUAAGGGUAGGGGGGAGAAGGUUGGUGGGGAGAGUGCUCAUUUGGAGGAGUUGAGGGAUGGGAAUUAG